AUGAACUCACAGAAUCAAAGGUUGAAAAAAGCAUCCAUCAUAGACGAUGUAAUCGACGACUUCCAGCCAAAAUGCGUCAUAGUACCCUACUACGGCAGGAAGGGAAGACCCGUAUCCCUAGGAAAUAAAUUCAAGCCCUCGAAAACCAAGCACAAGCCUUCUUUGAGGAUAUAUUGCCCGGAUAUGAGGGAAACUCUUGGAUUGACCUUGGUGCUUACGGAUCCUGAUGCGCCGGAGCGGGAUAAUUCUAAGCUGUCGGAGUAUUGUCAUUGGAUUGGUAUUGUUAUUGGGUUAAGUUCCUCUGAUGAACUAGGGCAGUAUUUCGAUCUUGAUGCUGUUGUGGACCAUGACUGGGUUGAGAACGAGGUGGUUGAAUAUCAAGCUCCAAACCCGCCUCCGAAGACUGGAUAUCAUCGAUAUGUGUUUGUUCUUCUCGAAGGUGAUACUAGUAAUUUGACAGCGCCGAGUGAUCGCAAACAUUGGGGGAUGGGGAAGGGAGGUCGUGGUGUUAGGGAGUGGGCGAAACAGGAAGGGCUGGCAGUUAUUGGCGCUAAUUGGUUUAUCGAAAAGAAUAAAAAGCAAUAG